AGUGUUUAGAAUUUAUGUUGUAAAGCUAGAAUUAAACAGCACUACAACUAUACUAUGCACUGUACCACACAACAUAAAAAUGCCGCAACCUUCCUGCGGUGAACACAGUCGUGAAAUGCAAGCCGUAGUCGAACGCAGUCGUGCUUCUUCGCGCGCGUGAACGGAAUUGAUUGUUCGGUUUGGUGUGUCUUUCGAUAUUCUCGCGGUAUUUCCUCUAUCAUCAGUGUCAGAGCUUGAUACGGACGGGCCCCGGUCAAACGUGAAACGGAAGUGUACAGAAGUUAAAGAAGAAAAAAAAACAGACAGAUCAAGCAGGUUAGCCUUUUUUCUUCUUGCUUUAUUUUGAUUAUUUUAUUAAUUAAAAAAUAUUUAUCGGAAACACGCGAACUGCAAGUUAUGACCGUUGCGAGUUGUGUCUUAGCAGGCUGUGGAAAUUAAUUCUCCAUUCAUUUGUCACCUCUGGCAAACGAUUCGCAUCGUGCGAUUUGGCAGAUUCGCCAAAAAAACGGCUAACUAGUGUGCCCGUAACCCGUGUAACGAGAAAAGCAAAUUCCUAUCGGUUAGCGGUGCUACUAGCAAGGUGUAAUCAUCGCGAUUUUUUUUUGCAAGUGUUUCGGGUUUUAUUUGUUUGUGUGCAUUGUGGCUCAUCUGUGUGCGUGUGUGUGUGCGUAUGGUGAUAGUGCAUGCGAGAGGAAAACAAAACCCUCCAAACGGGGUAAAAGCAUAGAAAAGUGCAAGCUUUCCCCACGCACACCGAAAACCGGCAGAAGAGAAGAAGCAAUAGAGAGGGAGUUAGAAAAAAAAAAUUCCACCCCACCUUUUUGGGACAACGAGCACCAGGAGUGGGUGUGUUUUAAUUUUGUUGUUUUCAAUUGUUGAAAGGGAAAUUAGUGAAAACGCGGUGCACCACGCUGCGUAAACGUGCAAAUGUGUGAACGGUGGGUGUGCGUGAAACAAAGAAACGAGCGCCAGAUGUGUGAGUAGGAGGUUGAACCGUUCCUUUUCGUUUUUUUUGUUGCUCGUAUUCGAAUUAAUUUGAAUUAAAAAAAACGGUUGCUGAAACGGUGCGAACAGUGGAAACCGCAGCAACACAACGUUUUCACCGGUUCCACGUGUAAAUUUUCACUGCACAUAACGGACGGAGUAGGCAGGAAGAAUCUAAAACACUUGACAUUUCGUUCGUUUUUUUUGGAGGACAUUGAGGACAGAAAGAGUGUUUGAUUUUGCUCAUUUUGCUGGUGAAAGGUUUGUGUUCAGUUUUGUCCUUCUGGUGGAAAUUACUCAGACGAACGUGGAAAAAGUCCUGCAAGGAAUUCGAAGCACGACAACCGCAUCGGACGGAAAACACAACGAAGAGCACUCGACGAGACAGUGAAGAUGGGACCGGUAGAUAAACCGAGCACCACCGGCCGCCGACGUACCACGACGCCGCUAGCACAAUGUACAUCGGUCGGCGUAACGAUGUGUCUAUUGCUUCUCACAGCGUCCGUCGUACAGACAGGACCUGUGAUACGAUCGCGUCGCAUGAUUCGAGAGAUUUACGUAGAAAACUCAGCAGCGUCCCCAACGGCACUGGAAAACGCUUCCUCGGAAGUUCCUAGCAGCAGUAGCAACAACGCAACAGCAAGUGACAUGUGCCUAUACGAUGGUUCCUACAUUGAGCGAUCGGCGAUAGCAUGUGAGAAGAAGCACGGUUGUCGUGCGAUUCAGAAGACCGGUGAAUGCUGUCCAGAUUAUCAGUGUGAGUGUCAACGAGAUGGCAAAACGUAUGCAAAUGGUGAGAAAGUCUUCGACCCGAAUACCCCAUGUCGUGCCUGUUAUUGCCAGGGCGGCGAAAUUACCUGCAGUGAAGUGAGCUGCUACAAACGCAACGACUGUGACCCGAAGUACAUUCCUGGCCGGUGCUGCCCAGAGUACGAUAACUGUCCCCCGUUAGAAAACUUCAAAAUAACUGAGUCCAGUACGAAUACAAAGGAUGCAGUUAACACCGAGCGGAACGACGAAGAAACGAACGAGGUGAAGGGAAACUAUGCAGCCGAGGCGGAAGAACUAGCAGGACUUCAAAAGCAACAGACAACGGCAACUAUGACACUUCAACCUGCGGUUACACCAUCGAUGCCUAACGAUAACCCGCUCGGUAUCAAGAUCAAAGAAAUCACUAAAGCGGAAGAGAUUCGUCUGACCGACAAUCGUCCCAGCGCAGAAGAACAGCAGCAGCAGCAGCAGCAACAACAACAACAGCAACAGCAAUUGUUAGCUAGUCGUGAAACAACCGUCCAACCAUCUUCAACACAAAGUGAGGAGCUUGUGAAUCUCGAACACCUAGACGUCAAUGUACCGGAUGAUGAUGGCGAAAAUGGGACAAAAAUUGUACGUCACACUGACGGUGAUGGAAUGCGUUCGGAUAUAGAUGAAGAAAGGGAGGAUGCGAGUGCAAGUGAAGAAUCGCUGAAAACUGUAUCGGCGGAAAAUCGAGUAGAAUCAAGCGAAGCUUCAACCGUUGGUACGGUGUCAUCGACCUUAUCCGAGUCAGACGAAUGGAUGGAUGUGAAGGAAUUUGCCGACGCGUCUACCUGGUCUCCAAGCUCGUUUGCUAUUAGCACUACAACUCAAGCACCUUUGCUCGCACCCUCAACCAGUGGGCCCUCCACACGUGACGAAGAAGUCGUGUCCGAAGGCAACAUGAAGCCAUCGAAGCAGGAUAACGCUCUGCCAGCAGUGGUGCAGAUUGGCGAUAAGCUCGUGAUUGUGGAUCACAACCAGCCGAAACCUAUCACCGUGAUACAGGUAGAGGAGGUAGAAGGUUUACAGCGUGGUGAAGACGAUAGCGUAUACGACCAGGAGAUGUACACAGAGCGCAAUCUUCCCGCACCAGUGGAGAGUAGUCGAGAGUCAUCGAAGAAACUAAAGCUGCACCAUUCGGUCGAUUUGGAACAGGAAACUUUAUCAACACAAGCAGAUUCUAGUGCGGCCUACGAAACGGUGUACCAUUCUGGAUCCACGGAACAGGGUGGUGGCGUGUCGGAGGAGAUUUUUGAGACGCAACUGUACACUGAAGGACCAGAGGAUGCUGCAGCCUCAGUGGAGCGAAACGAUACACUACAGGGAGAACCGUUGUCGGUGAGUAAGGAAGAGUUUCUGCACAUGGGAGAUUCCCAGGAACCAGCAAAACUUCAGCAGGAAGAAGAACACACAACUGCAGGUAUUGCUGUGGUUGGAUCCAGUACGUCGUACAGCAGCACCGAGGAAGGGAGUACAACAAUGUCGGAUCUCCAGGUUUCUCUAAGCUCCGAAGCGUCGGGCGAUGAGAUGAUCUACGAUACACAUUUUUACACCGAAGGACCAAGCACAUCAUCCGAGGAGCAUGGACCAACGCUGGGAACCGGUUCGGAAGAAACGUCAACUGCUGGUAACACUUAUAUUCCACGUCAUUCUGUACCCGUGGCGGAUGAGCUGGCUCCUCAGCACGAAACCUACAUUGAAGAUAACGAGCAUGAACUUAUCCACCCAGGAUUUCCGCCCAUUCCAGAGGAUUUCAGCGUGCCGCAACUUGAUCAGCCGGCCAUGGAAAUGGAAAUGGAACCACAUUCCGCAUCUCCUAAAGACGUGCCAGCGAAACAGGAAAAAAUUCUGUCUGAAGUGCUAGACUUGAAGCGCAAUAUGACAUCCACAACUUCAGCUCCAGCGAGCAGUUUGGAGUCUUCCACUGUGAACGUCGUAGCAUCAAAUCAGGAGGAAUCGUCAAACUCUCCCGCUUGGUUAAAGGAAGAUCCUCAACCUCAAUUGAGAUCACCUGGCGAACCACUUCUAAUUCCCGAGUGGGAACGUACGAAUGGAACGAGCAACAGUAACAGUAGCUCUUCGGAGGAAGAACUAGAACAGGAAGCCAGUGGAGCCGGUAGUGCACCCAGUGAUUUCCAAGUGCUUAAGAUGGGGUCGGAAGAGUAUGUAGACGCUGGUGAGGGUAGUGGGUCCGUACUCCCCACACCUACCACCACAUCGGCCAAGACAUCAAUCGCCGAAAAUCGUUCGGAAGAAGAAGAUGAAGAAGGUAAAGCGAAGGAACCAAUAUCUGGUGAAUUGGAGUUAGGUUCUGCUGCAAAUUCUUUACUGGAUAUCGACUCUCCAGUGUCGACAAACGUGACCGACGACCAAUCGGACAGUGUCAAGCAUAAUCCAAAGAAUGAUGUGGAGAGUUUGAAGUACGAUGACGACGAAAACCAUGCCACUGCAGAAGAAGCUAUACCGAAGAAGGUACAACAGCUGGAACCCAGCGAACGAGAAGUGACUGGUGGUGUACAGGCGCCCACGUUGACUAACGUCUGAGCGCGAUCUACCCAACACUCAACGGCAAUGAAAGUCAGCUAAAAUCUUGGUGCCAGUUUUAACAUUCUCUCCGUAACACAGUGACGCUCCUCAAAUUGGUAAGGAGCACCGACUGCCAGCUGGUGUGUGUGGUUGUGUUUCUGCUCCAACUGCAGACGUGCCAUCAAAUUGUAGAUUUCCUCUAAAAGGCAAAGCUCAUUCACCUCAAACAUCGAGUUGCAAGGGAUGGGAUAGAAUGUAAAUCAGGAAAAUAGCGCUCUUUAUCCGCUUGAUCCUACAAGGUGUAUGUACUGUCUUGUGUGAUUGGUUCAAAUUGUUUAAGGUAAAAAAAAAUGAAAGCCUUAUUGCAAAUUAUUUAUUCUCACACCACACAUUGUUCCAUUUGUCGUUCGUCUAUGUAGUGCUUAUGGGCAAUGGUUUACAUAGGAUCUUGUUAUGGUCCGAAAGGUGAAGGUACGUCAACCGAGGAACUUUAGUUAGUAUAAAACAUUAUUUUAUCAAUGUCCACAUCGGUGAUGACAACAGUAACGAAACAGGGGGUCGAUCUGAAGAACAGCCGGUAUGUGAUAAGCGGGUCCGAUGGGUCGGUAAAGUUAUUGGAAGCGUUCCGUUUUGUUUUCCAUAGCCAUGCAUAUCGGUUUUACUUUACACAUAAGAGACUGUUGUGUUAGGCUCUAGCAAGUACGUAUUUAUUAAAUGUCAUGCUAUUUAUAUACCGCCGGUCCCGUUUCGUCGAAAACUUCAUCCCGCCACGGCCAUUUCCAUCUACAGUAGUGGGUGGACCACAAAUUUCCUUUAAAUAGUUCUUGACUACGAGCUCCUCGAUGAGCAGAUCAGAGAAGAAGCGAAUUUCAUAGCAUUAAAGCAAAACUUUAGAGCAAAUGGUAUGUAAAAUCAGAAGUCAUAUCUUAAUCUAAAUGGUAGUCUCUCUGUGGGAAACGCAUGGUAAGUUAAUAAAGCGAUGGAUCGAAUGUUUCUUUCUGCUGUCUUAUGCAUAAGGCAAAGGGUAAAUGUUGUGGAAAUGCGGAAGCUACUACAAUGGAGAGUCCAUGUAGUUAAGGAAACAUUAGGCAAUUUCCAUUAAAAUUGGGAAUGAAGCUAAAAAUGAAAGGAAGCAUUUUUUAUUCUAAAAAAAAAGAUAAAAGCAAACAAAUUAUACUAGUUUCUGGAGCAUAAUAUAAAUAAAGAAAAACUACAUAUUACAAUUUCAAGUAUAGUUAUUAUCAUUAGUGCGUAAACAAGGAAUCCGUUGAAAGGCGAAGAAACUACAUGCAGUAAAUAAGCCUAAGAGCAUUGUAGUGUAGAUGGAGGGUAGCUAGAUAGUGAAAUUAGCAUUAUUCAAACAAACUGUAAAAAAACAAUCUAUGAAUAUAUGCGGAAUGGAAUAAAUA